AUGGGCGGGGCCGCCCGCGCGGCGCCGCGGCGGCCGCGCACGCUCGGCGCGGCGCUGUGGGCUGCCGCAGCUGCAGCAGCGGCUUUCGCGACGCUGCGCGGCGCUCCCCACGGGGCGUUCGUGAGCGCGCCCACCGCCGCCGGCGCCUCGCGCCGGGCCGUCCUGGCGCUGCUGCCCCUGGCGAUUCCGCUCGGCCCCGACGCCGCGCGCGCGGCGGGCGUCGACGACAUCUCGCAGGGGUCCGCGACGCCGAGGACCCGCCGGAGAGCUCCGAAGGGCGAGCUCCCGAAAGAGAUAGACUCCGAGGGCGCCGUCUUCGACGACUGGCAGCGCACCGAGAUCAUCUCGGAGUCCACGCUUGUGGAUCCCAACGAUCCGAAGUACAAGCAGCUGCGUAUCCUCGCGGACAUGGAGAAGCAACAGCGCAAGAACGAGGCGUACGCCGACAUGGACCAGGAGACGAAGCAGCAGAAGAUCUGCGAGCUCCUCGGCCGGGGCUGCAUGUAG